AUGCAGGACGGCAGACUCUCAGCCCGUGGACUCCUGGCACUGCUGGCCUGCAGCCUUCUGGCCUGGAGGGUGGGCGAGACAAGAUCCAACCCGCUGGAGAAGCUGUCCCCACAGGUUUUGGGGCACCGAGCUCUCAGUAUGAAGGAGACCUUCCUGGUGCUCUCACUGCACAACAAGUUGAGGAGCAAAGUGCAGCCACCCGCUGCCAACAUGCAGAGGCUGGACUGGAGUGAGGAGCUGGCACAGCUGGCAAGGGCACGUGCAGCCAGCUGCCUGGUGGGCCCUGCUCCGUCGGAGGCCCCUCAUGUGGGCUGGAGCGAAGCCCUACUGCCAGCAGGCGCUGGCAGCUUCGUCGAAGUGCUGCAGCGCUGGUUCGCCGAGGGGCACCAUUACGACUACCAGGCAGCACGCUGUGCCGAGAAUGCCACCUGCAGCCAUUACACCCAGCUGGUUUGGGCCACGUCAGGGCGGCUCGGCUGUGGCAGGCACGUGUGCACCGGGCACCGGGGCCAGAGCGAGGCCUUCGCCUGCGCCUACUCCCCGGGGGGCAACUGGGAGAUGAAUGGGAAGACCAUCGUUCCCUACAAGAAAGGAGCUUGGUGCUCGCUCUGCACAGCUGGGCUUUCUGGCUGCUUCAAAUCCUGGGACCAUGGUGGCGGGCUCUGUGAGGUCCCCAGGAACCCCUGUCGCAUGACCUGCAAGAACAGUGGGUACCUCAACAUGAGCAGCUGCCAGUGCACAUGCCCCCCAGGAUACACGGGCAGGUACUGCCAAGUGAAGUGCAGUGUGCAGUGUCUCCAUGGGAAGUUCAGGAAGGAGGAGUGUUCCUGCCUCUGUGACAUUGGCUACAGUGGUGCUGAGUGCGGAACAAAGAUUCAGUUCCCCUUCCACGCCUGUGACGUGAGGAUAGAUGGCAACUGCUUUAUGGUGUCCCCUGAGGCCGACACAUACUAUGGAGCCAAAAUAAAGUGCCAGGAGAAAGGAGCAAUGUUGGCCCAGAUCAGAAAUCAGAAGGUCCAAGACAUCCUGGCCUUCUAUCUCAGCCGCCUGGAAACCAGCAACAGGGUGAUGGACACAGAUUUUGAGACCCGUAACUUCUGGAUUGGUCUCACCUACAAAACAUCCAAGGCUUCGUUCCGCUGGGACACAGGCGAGCCAUCCUUCUUCACCAGCUUUGCUUUUGGACAGCCAGACAACCAGGGGUUUGGGAACUGCGUGGAGAUGCAAGCAUCAGCUGCUUUCAACUGGAAUGACCAGCGCUGCAAGACUCGAAAUCGGUACAUCUGCCAGUUUGCUAAGGAACACAUCUCCCUGUGGCAGUGGGACCCCUGA